AUGAUGCCGCAGCCGCAGCCCGGGAUGGCCCCGCCGCCCCCGCCGCCGCAGGCGGCCGCCCCCGGGGGCGCGCCACCGCAGUGGGGCGCCAUCCCUCCCCCGAUGCCGUCGCCGCAGCAGCAGUACGCGCCGCCGCCGCCGCAGAUGUGGGGCCAGGCUCCCCCGCCGCCGCAGGCCGGGUACGGGCAGGCGCCGCCCCCGCCGCAGGGAGGGUACUACGGGGCGCCGGCGGCACCGGCGGCGGCCGCGCCCGCGGGGCCCAACGAGGUCAGGACGCUCUGGAUCGGGGAUCUCCAGUACUGGAUGGACGAGCACUACAUCUCUUCCUGCUUUGCUCCCACCGGCGAGCUACUAUCUGUGAAGCUAAUUCGUGACAAACAGACUGGCCAACUUCAGGGUUAUGGAUUUAUUGAAUUCGCAACCCGUGUUGGUGCUGAGAGAGUUCUUCAAACAUACAAUGGGGCAAUGAUGCCAAAUGUUGAGCAGACAUACCGGUUGAAUUGGGCCACUGCUGGUGAAAAACGUGAUGAAGGCCCUGAUUACACAAUUUUUGUUGGUGAUUUGGCUGCUGAAGUUACAGACUACAUAUUGCAAGAGACAUUCAGGGUACAUUACCCAUCUGUGAAGGGUGCAAAAGUUGUGACAGAUAAAAUGACAAUGCGCUCAAAGGGCUAUGGCUUCGUGAAAUUUGGUGAUCCUUCUGAGCAAGCUCGUGCUAUGACUGAAAUGAAUGGAAUGGUUUGUUCUUCAAGACCUAUGCGUAUUGGCCCAGCUGCAAAUAAGAAAGCAACUGGAGUUCAAGAGAAAGUACCGAGUGCUCAGGGAGUUCAGUCUGACAAUGAUCCUAGCAAUACCACCAUAUUUGUUGGUGGCCUUGACCCCAGUGUCACUGAUGAUGCGUUGAAACAAGUUUUCACUCCCUAUGGAGAUGUGGUACAUGUUAAGAUUCCAGUUGGAAAAAGAUGUGGAUUUGUUCAAUUUGCUAGCAGAGCUGCUGCAGAGGAAGCUUUGGUACUUCUACAAGGUACCUUGAUUGGAGGACAAAAUGUGAGGCUAUCAUGGGGUCGCAGCCCUUCGAACAGACAAGCUCAGCCUCAACAGGAUUCUAACCAGUGGGGUGGUGCUACUACUGGAUACUAUGGUUAUGGUCAAGGAUAUGAGGCGUAUGGGUAUGCUCAACCUCAGGACCCUAAUAUGUAUGGGUAUGGAGCUUAUGCUGGUUAUCCCAAUUACCAACAACCACUAGCUCAGCUGCCGCAGCAGCAACAGUGAGAUCCAACAAUGACUUGGUCGCAUGAUUUGUUUCUCGAGACUGAUCAGAGCCGCUGAAUGAGAUGCUGCUUCCGCCGUCUGGAUUAUGCCAAUAGAGAAGAUUUUUACUGCUUAUGAGGUGUUCCCGUUACGCAACGUUUUGUGUACUUCUGUGAAGAGUCUGGGGUGGUGCAUUGUGAUUCAUUCUAUCGUGCAUGUGAACUGCAUGUAGUUAAAAUGCCUACCGUGUUUAUCGUUCAACCUUAAAUUAUUACGUAUGCCCUCUCGAUUUUGACCUAACGUUGACUGAUUUGAAAUUAUGAAGUUUCUUAUGCAUUAGCAGUAGUGCCCAUAUUCUCAGGUGCAUAGAAUCAACUGAGCAUCAUUUUGAUGGGCCUCAACCUUCGGCCUAUACAUGCGUAUUAACUGUGAAUUUUGUUCGAUUUUUUCGGCCUACAAGUGGAUGGGUUGGUAUUGGGGCCAUCCAAACCAAGCCUUGUGUCAUGUUUGGAUAGUGAUUGGCGGAAUAUAUACCUAGUGUUGUUAUUUUCUUUACGUCUAAGGUAUAGAAACAUAUCUAGUAGAAAGUAUAUAUAUGAUUCGUAUGAGAUUUAACGGUAUGUUUUCUGUUGGGUGAGGGUGAGAGUACAAACAUGUAUGUAAUGUUUUUGCACCUUUUAGAUGUGAAGGAGUAUAGAAUAUAAUUUUCAUAUAGUUGCACUGAACCAUUUAACUCAUGGCAUUAAUACGCCUCUGUAUUUCUUGAGAAUGAAUGGAUUCGAGUGAGACAUUGCCAAAACACAGCGUGCUGCAAA